CAUUGAAAUCCUAAAGGCUUUUGAAAACAUUGAAAAGGCUAGUUAUAUUUUGUUAGAAGACGCAAAAGGGCUGCUGAUUUAACCAUUCCAUUUCAUUGAUUGAAUUUGUGUUGGAGCUUGUGUAAUAUAUUUACAUUUAUUUGAAGUCAAGAUGACGAUUGUUACCAAACCAAUUUCUGAAAAGAAAGCAGAUAACUUGGAAGAACCGUUAGUGGACAAUGAAGAACUUGAACCAAUUCCUGCCAAGGUGGACAUAGAGGCCACCGCGGAGCCGGAUCACCACUACCUGGUGCUGCGGUCCAGGGCCCGCCGCAUAUCCACGGCAACCACGAUAUGCCUUUUCCUCACCGCCCUGCUCGUCAUGAGCAUCGGCAUCAUCGGCGGGAUGUACUUGUACCGCCAGUUCGCCCAGGUCGAGAUGCAUCGUUUUCGUGGGUGGUGCAGUAUUCCGUACGAUGGUACCAAGGCAUCGAUGUAUCACUCCCUCCAGCAAGACUCUGGAUUGGCAGAUUCUAAGAUGUUCAAGAGCAUAGCUAAAUCUGACAAUGGCCUAACUGACGAUAGUGAACCUCAGUUUUUUGAUGAAAAAUUUGAGUUGGAUCUUGAGAAUGAGAACUUUGAGAAGAUUGAUGUGCCAGACUUCAGAGAUGGACGAAGAGGCCGCUUCAUCCACGAUUUCAAUGCGAACAAGACUGGAAUUAUUGACCUCGAUGAAAGCCGCUGCUUUGUGAUGCCGUUGGACAGAAACCGAGUGCUGGCCCCAAGAUCUCUGUUUGAUCUCAUCAAGAAAAUGUGGGAAGGAUACUACGAAGUAAACACAGAAGUUGUGCGAGAGACAAUGCGAGUGGUUACCCCCGCUAUUACCGACUUCAAGACAGUUGGGUACUACAUUGCCCGGGAGUGUGAAGAGAAACCAACGUACAUGCUGGAGAAGUAUGUUUCUGGAGUGUUCAAGAGAAGUGUGCCUGGAAAGAGCACGGAAUAUGCAGGAUUUGCUGGCAACAACAUAUAUCAGCUUCACAUACUGGGCAUACCAGAUGAUGAUGCUGCUGAAGUGAAGAAAAUAGAAGAGGCUUAGAUGUUUGCUUCGUUUUAAAAGAAGAAAAAAAAAAUAUUCAUGGGGAGAGGGGGGAAACCCCAGAGUUCUGUACUGAUAAUAUAACUUCAUUUUUUAUAGGAAACAUUCUUAGAGUGGGAGGCUGGUGUUUAUGGACAUCCUGUUGAAUGUGUAGUUGUGAUUUAUUAUUGGUUGACCCUUGCAUGUAUAUGCCAGAAAUACCUUGUUGGUGUUUUUAUCAGAGGAUUUAAUGGCCACUCAGUAUAUAAAACAAGCCAUAUAAAACUUUAAAUGUUUUGACUUUAGACACAUUAUUAAAGACUGUUUGUUGUAUAUCAAUGCGUUUGUAAUUGUAGGGGAAGACAAAGGGUUGCAUAGUUUAAACAGUUUUGGGAGUCAGGCAUUUUACUUGAGAAUUAUUAUUGUGGUUUCAGCAAGAUACUGAUUGUUUGAAUUGUAGAUGUCACAUUAGCAAGAACAAACCAAAGGGUAUAUAAAAUGUAUUCACCUUGUAUCUCCAUGUAUUUAAACAUAUAUUUUGUUAAUUGUCUUCAUAUUGAGACAAUAAAAAUACUUGAAAAAUGG